AUCUUUUCAGUUCAUGUGUUUCCGCGACUCUCCCGAUGGUGUCCUCUUGGCCAGCACGCAUGUAGUCCACCCCUGGUGAGAGAGGGGGGGAAAAGGUCCACACACACACAAAAAUGAAAAUGUCCAAGUCUAACACCUCUGGGAAACAGCGAUGACAAUGUGCAGGCCUCACCAUCUUCCUUCAGUGUAAGCAACGCGUUCGAAUUCUUACGGCUUAGCUUUGUUUACAAAUGGCAAUGUGAGACACGGAAGCCUUUGGAAAGAAGUGAAACUUGUAGCACUGAGUUGUGUAGGGGAAAACCUGUUGAAUCGUCGACUUUCAUUUUAACCGGAUAAUUGUUUCAAUUAAGUGUGUUAUUCUGUUGAACACGCACAGUAUAUUCAUGCCCUUAUUUCAAGAAAGAUAACCUGAGCUAUGACAACUUUAUCGUAUCUGCUACUUCCCCAGCUAACAGACAUCCAAUCGUAAAGAUCUGAGAUCUCAAAAUGUUGGACUCGUUGUCUUGGAUUCUCUUCUUGACUUUCUCUGCAUCCUUCAUCGCAGUAGCCACUGAAAGACAGAUAGGACUGAUUCUGCAAGAUGACCCUCCCACGCAGGACCAAGACUACGAGCAGGCUUUUGACUUUGCCACGAUGGUCAUCAACAACAACCUGCUGAAAGAGCUCAGACACGAACGUGACCAGGCCCAGGUGUACAACACAGUCAGGAACAAGACCAUCUUUAGCGACAACUACAAACUUGGAGGCGCAAUUUGUGGAAUGGCCAGCGAAGGUGUGUCAGUUAUCGUGGGGACAAGUCUAGCGUCCAGUUUCAAUACUAUACAGUCCUACUGCCAGGCACUGCGGCUGCCCUACAUCUUGGCAACGCCCUCGCGCCCCAGCCUACUGGAAGGCUAUCAGUAUGACGUCAGCAUAUGCCCCCCUUAUGUGGAGGCUGUUAUGAAAGUAGUUGCCAACUUGACACUUUUUGAGAACAAAAUUUUCUACGUGUAUGACAGCGAUGACGGACUGUGGCGAAUUCAAAGACUGUAUCAGUUGUUUCAGCGGAAGGAUAUAAACCCACCAAUUUUGGACGCAUUCCGAAUUCGAGACGUAAAGAAUUCCUACACUAUUCUGCGUAGCCUUGACCUCAAGCAAACUUUGGAUAAAACCAUCGUGCUUGACCUUUCCUCGACCGAAGCUUAUAAAGUUGUCCUGGAACAGAUAGUGGACGUCGGAAUGAACAGAGAAAAUUAUCAUUAUAUUUUAGCCGGUGCAGAUGCCAUGGAUUUGAAUCUUGAUCGAGAUUUUUUUGCACAGUUUAUUUACGGAGGCGUUGACAUCACUGCCUUUCAAUUCCUCAACAAUCGUAGUGAAACUUACCGGAAGUGGCAGCAGAUAUGGGAACAGUACAAGGACCAGUACCCAGACCUCUUCCCUCUAAAAACAGGUUCGGCGCUCAUGAUGGAUGCCGUACUUUUGCUACAUAAAGCACUGACUUCUGAUCUCCAGAAGCACAAGAGUUUGAAAGAAAACGCGGUCAGAACCUGUGACGCCAGCAGUUCGAGGUACUCAGACGGUGGCUCUUCAUUGCUGUCUGCUUUAAACGGGGUUCAGUUUGAAGGGUUAACAGGGCCAGUGGUCAUGAACAAUGGAAGGCGAACUCAAUAUUCUAUUGAUGUUUACAAGUUGAGAUUUAAGGAACCUAUGAGAAAAGAGACAACUUGGCAAUCUUCAGAUUUUCAGGACUUGACAUUUAAACCUUACAGUCCUGAAACAGCACCUCAUAACAAGACUUGGAAAGUCGCAACUGUUAUAGAACCUCCAUUUGUGAUGCGUAUCGAGAACAGAAAUGGGGCUCCACCCAUGGGCCCCAACCUGGAUCUGGAAGGCUACUGUAUUGACCUAAUUGAAGCCUUGGCUCGGAGUGAGCUGUUUGAGUAUCAGGUGUACCUGGCAGACGACUAUGGUGAUAAGAAUGAGACUGACGGAACCUGGAAUGGAAUCAUUGGACAGCUCAUUAGUCAGGAAAGGGAUAUCGCUGUGGCUCCACUCACCAUCACACAGGACAGGGAGAGGGUUGUGGACUUCACAAAGCCAUUCAUGGAUACAGGCAUCUCCAUCAUGAUUAAGAAGCCGGACAAAACCAAACCUGGAGUCUUCUCCUUCAUGGAUCCCCUGGACACUCGCGUCUGGUUGUGCAUCGCCAUUGGAUUCUUGGCUGUUAGCUUUGUUCUUUACUUUGUAGGAAGAUUCAGCCCCUAUGAGUGGAGUGUCUGUGAAGACGCCAAGGAGAGAACUGCCACCACCGUCUUCUCAAUUACCAACACUCUCUGGUUCUCAUUAGGUGCUCUCAUGCAACAGGGCUCUGAUAUAUCCCCAAGGUCUAUAUCUGGGCGGGUUAUCGGAUCUGCCUGGUGGUUCUUCACCCUGAUCAUCAUCUCCUCCUACACAGCCAACCUGGCAGCUUUCCUGACCAUCGAGAAACUGGUUGUGUCUAUCAGUUCAGCAGACGAUCUUGUUGGACAUCCAACCAUCAAAUAUGGAACCAAGAGAAGUGGAACAUCCUGGAGAUUUUUUGAGAAAUCAACAGUGGACAAAUAUGUCACCAUGAGAAAUGAAAUGUUGGCCAAUGCGGAUGAAGUUUUAUUUUCUGAAUAUCAUGAAGGAGUCAAAAAGGUUCGAGAGUCUAAAAGUACCUAUGCCUUUCUCUUGGAGUCGGCCAUGAACACCUACUAUGGCCAGCAGGAGCCCUGUGACACCAUGAUGGUUGGUGAGAAGCUGGACUACAAAGGUUAUGGUGUGGCAUCCACUAUCAAUUUCCCAUUAAGAAAUGAAAUCAAUAUAGCAGUGUUAACACUGAAAGAAAAAGGUGAAUUGAUUAAACUACAGCAGAAAUGGUGGUAUGACAAGGGAAAAUGUGGAGAUCAGAGUGUUAGCAAGGAAUCAACUGGAACCCAGAAUGCUCUGACUUUGAGUAAUGUCUCUGGAAUAUUUCACAUUUUAAUUGGAGGGUUAGUUCUGGCAAUGGUCACGUCAUCUUUAGAAUAUUUCAUACAGAGAAAACUCAGAAAGAGACGGAGUCAUUUGAAGAUGUCUAAAAGUUACACUCUACCAAAUCCACCUCCCCCACCACAACGACUUUGCUUUGGAUCUACUUCCAACAGAGCGUCUGUGUCACAACCAGUCUGGGAGAAUGGUCAUAGUUCUGAGGCUGCAGCUGCUCAUGAGCGAGAAGACCUGAUGAGUAAUGAUGCUGAUGGCACUUAAUGCUAUAUCCAUACAUUGGAAGUGAUGGGUCCAAUGUCACUGCAGUUGUUUGUGUUUUUAAAGAGCAAUUAGGUUACCUUGGCAUAUUGAUUAAUACACAACAGAAUUGAUAUUAAUGUCAUAAAAGAUAUGAUUUUAUGAUUGGUAUGAAUGUUGAUAAUCAAUGCAUCCAUUGUGAAAGCUGUAAUUGAAAUUGAAACUAAUGCCCAUGUGAAUUAUGAGGAAAUUGUUACUGCUGUCAAUGUCAUGAAUUGUUUAAAUUUAAAUAAUGCUAUCUAACAAUGAGGUCAUCAAAUUAUGUGUAAGUAAUGUUUACUUCCUAACUAUGAGGUUAUCAAAUUUCAUUUCCUUCUCCAUAUUUUUAAUAUCUUGAAAACUUAUUGUAAAAUAAACUGUUCAAACGAAAGCAAUGUCUUGAAUGCACAUGUGGAUAAGUUGUUCUGGAAAAGAAAUCCAGUGUUGCAACAAAAGCAUUUAAGAACUGUAAGGGCUGUAACUCCAUUACAUCUUUGGUUAGCAUCUUUAUCUUUCAACUGAAUUUAGUUUGACACAGAUUCCUUACAUUUUUGUAAUCAAACACAGAUAUUGUUUAAAUUACUUCAAUCACCAGCCCUGUUAUAAUCUUGGAAUUUGGUGACCCCAAUUGAAAAUUAAAAAUAAACAAAAUAAAA